AUGAUGCGCUGCACUUUUGAUAAUUUUGGGCUGUGCAUUCGAAAUUCACCAUUGCCAGUAAGAAAAUCCGAAUUGAUUAUAAAAGAAGCUUGCCGAGUGAAAAGUGCAGCAGCUCCUAUGCAUUUGGAUCUUGGCGUACUAGAAUUGCCACCAGUAUCUAAAUGGAGACAAUCUGAACACCAGGAUGCUCCAAGGAUCAAGGCUUUGGAAGUUCCUGGUACAUUUGCAAUGUUUGGUGCUGAAGAUGUACAUAUUCAUAUAGAAAAGGCUUACAGUUGCAUAAGCUUAUUCAACGAAGAACAAGAAAUUAUUGCAAGUUUAGCAUUGUACGAUUUUCCAAAUAUUCCUGCUUUAUCCAAAUGCUGGUGGGAAGAUUGGAUGAAAUCAAAAUAUCAAUUGCAUGAAGUUACUGUGUGGAAUACGUUAUUCAUCAACUAUCUAGUUUGGGACUCAAGAUACAAUAAUGAUUUUAUGAAGUUUUUGAUCGAAUCCAUAUUUCUUCAUAACUUAACUACCAAUCACAUAAUCAUUGUAUCACCACCAGGCAACUGUUCAAGUUUUUUUCCUGGUGAUACACUGUUGGACGAAUACUUCACCCGAUUGCUACCUGAAGGAUAUACUGAUUUCGACAAAGUGCAAACAAUUUACAUUUGUUUGAGAGAAUCACAUGUGCCCAGAUUGAAAAUCAGAAGAGGAAUGGAAGAAGAUAAUGAUGACAUAGUGCCAAUCUUAGAUGCACAAUGUCCACUUCUUCGAGAAACUUAUGGAGAUUAUUACAUAGCUGAGUUGGUUGCGGCAGCUGAUCAGAUAUCCAGGAGACUAAUCGUUGCAGAGAAAAAUGAUCGCGCCGUAGGAGUAAUCUGUCUCAACCCAGAAUUGGAUUACGAUAUUUUAAAUGAAAGUUUCGAGUUGGUUCCAUUCAAUGGUCUCCGUAAAUUGCCAAGAAGCUCAGAUGAAAAUGAUACCAAUGAUUAUGUGUCAGGAGAUGAAGAAGUACAUGGAAGUAAUAUUACUAAAACACCUUCAGAAGAUAAUAGCGCUACUUUGAUGACGACUUCUAUGGAUAGUGCACCCCUUUCAAGAAAAUCUAGCAAUACACAGUCAAAUAAAUCCAUAACCAGUGGCAAAAAUGAAUCCAAACCGAUUAGAAAUCGAUAUAGAAAACAUUGUCUUGGAGAAGAAAUGGUAUGCGAUGAGUUUGUGGCUGAAUUUGGCGAAGAGCAAACUACCAGUGGACCAAGUUUUGAUAGCUUAUCAUUUAUGACCCCAGAAGACUACCACGGUUAUAGUAUUAAUAUGCUUUCGCACGUGCCCAGAACACCAACAUCAGUAGCCCCGUCUUUACGUAAAUUUUUCUCUGGAAUGGACGUCGAUAGUGAUGCUGAACUUUACACCCGACGGCCGUCAUCUACCCGAUUGCCCCGUUUUGCUGGAAAACCGAACGCAUUUGUCAUAGAAUUAUUUGCUUUGCGAGAUGACAUGGAUCCACGAUUAGGAUUCGAUUUUCUAUUAGCAGCUUUUGAAGUAUUUCCUGAACUUGAAUUUGGGAUACUAACAGUACCUUCGGAAUAUCCUCCGUUUCCAUUUCUAGAUCAUUUUACGAAAGCAACUCCACGAACUGUGAAAACUUUUGAUCAUGAACUAUAUAUUACACAUAAAAAUACUAUUCUUUGUCCAUUAAUAGUGCGUGAGGCUGAAAUGGGUGACAUGAAUGGACUUAUAAGCUUACUAUCAUCAGUCCGGAGAAGAGAGGACAUACUCGAUGAAUUCGAGGCGGCGGUAUCAUUCUCGGAAAAGGGUUGCGAUGACCUCGAAGAAGUGCAACCAUUCCAAUGCCCCUUGAGGGCUUUCGUCGCCCACAGUAAUGGAACUUUAGUCGGUGUCGCUAUAAUAACGCCUGAAAAUGAUGCAGAAUAUUUAAAGGCUCACUACAAUUUAGAUCAUCAUAUAAGUUAUGCCUAUCACAAAGAUCAGGCUAUUCUCAGACAUAUGGUACUGGGAGCAAUAUUUCAACCCCAUUCUAAAUUUUUCUUGAAGGAAAUUAUAAGAUUGAGCGACGUUUCGUUGCUCUAUUAUUGUUUGUAUCCACCUGAAGUCGAGGAACCAGAGUGCAGUCUAAUCACCUGCAUUUCCAAUAUGAUUCCAAUUAAACCCAGAAAGAAAAUCCAUUACGACAAAGUGGCUUUGGGUAAAUUAAUGCCAUCAGAUGCUAUCACAAGAAUUGAAAAACCAUUUGCCUUAUAUUAUGCGGGUAAUAAAACCGUGGCUUCUACUAAGUUGUUAAUAAAUACUCAAAUAGUGAUAGUCGGUGCUGGAGAUACAGCUAUGGCAUUUUUAGAAGGACUAUUUUUUUCGCCGUCUUCCCAACGGAUCCAAUUUGAUAAUGUGACUGUGGUGUCGCCACAUGGAUUCCCACAUUCUAAAAACGAAUAUGCUGCUCGUGACCACAUGUUUCCAUUCACAGGACGUUAUGACUUGAAUUAUUCCAGAAGUAUAUCUCUCCGAACUUACACGAAUGUAAUCAUGGCCGCAAUGAACGCCAUAGACAGAUAUAAUAAACGAAUAAUUUUGGACGAUGGAACUGCUGUAAACUAUGACAUGCUAUUUUUGUUUUGUGGAGCUCAAUAUCCAAGAACUCCUGCAUUAAAAAAUGCUCCCAUGGAGUUGCAACCGAGAAAUGUAUUUUAUAUAAAUACCGAAACUGAUGCAGCAAUUGCUUUACGAACUCUAGAGGAAAUGUUUGAAGAUGAUGACAUACAAUGUCAAAAUGUAAUAGUAUACGGCGAUUCUUUAGAAGCCUACUGCUGCUUGAACGCACUUCUAGAAUUUGGAAUAAAUCCAGAAAAUUUAUAUUUUGUAGAAUGCUUUCCAAAACGUGAUAGCGAAUGUAUGGUUUCAAUAUUUAAUGAUAAUGAAGUAGACGAAUUGGUGCAAAAAUCAAUAGAGUAUACAGGCAUCCAGUUUUUCCCGAAUCAUUAUUACAUGUCCUGGGUGCUGGAUAGAGAAACUAACAUGAUUAUUUCAGCGAAGUUCGAGUCGCGAUUUAAAAUGGCUGAUAUACCUUGCGCUGCAAUGUUUUACUACGGCACGCGACUGGUCAGCACGAAAACAUUUACAGCUAUAAAUCGAGCUGGACUGGUAUACGAUGGGCGUUUGGUGAUAGAUAAUGAUUGCAAGACAAAUGAUCCGAAUAUCUGGGCGGCUGGGAGAAUGACAAAGUAUGCAAGGAAAUAUUAUGCAGAUUCGCACAAUCACGAGCAUUAUAACUCCAUGGAAAUUGGCGGAAAACUGGCACAACGUGUAGUCAGAAUGCUCGACCCAAGUAUUCCAUUCAAUAACACUGAAACAAAGAUUCCAGGGAUGGAAUUAACUGUGACUAUUUAUGAAGAACCUUUAGUAGUAUACUGCAUUCUUCCAGGACCACUCAAUUAUCUUUCAGUGACAAAACCAGGAAAAGUGGUCCCACUUGAUGCGAAAAUGAGUCAGGACACAUAUGGCCAGAGUUUAGUUACAGGAGAUCAAUCUGAUUAUACUGACCAAGGAUAUUUUCGUCUACAUUUGGAUCAAUACAAUAUUGUUGCAGAUAUGACUUGUCUCACGAAAUACAAAAUCGAUGUAGAUAACUUAGUCAGCAUAUGGGGCAAACAUGAACGUCUGUUGAAUAACCUACUACUCAGAUUUGAUAGAGCUAUGAUAUUAAAUCUUUAUGAAUUCUUUCGUGAACCUUGGGCCUAUGCAUUGUAUCAUGAUCAGUUUAAAAACUUACAUGCUGCAAAUAUGGAAAUACUUCAAAAGCUUACAGUGGAGCAUGGAAAAUCCAUACUAGAAGAUACAGUUAACUUCAUUGAAACACAUAAAUAUGAAAAGGUAUCAGAACAAGAGCAAUAUCAAAUUUUGAAACAAUAUAUUGGCUCUGAAUAUCAGCGAAAAGUUGAACAGGGAAUGCUCGAUUUUAUUUUUACAAAUAGAUCUGAAUUGCCAAUGUAUGCCCAUCCUGAUACUCUUCGCACAAUUUUGGGUAACUUUGAAUCAUGUCCUGAGCAAGAAGUAGAACAUCCUCCUACAAGUACAAAAUAA